AUGGAAGGAGCAAAUAAAAACAUUUUGAAACUAUGCGUUUUAAAACCAAGUAAAUCUAUAACCAGCUGGACGAAUAUGUUAAGGCACGAUGUGAUCCUUAAAGCUGGGAGUGUUCGAGAAGUUGAUUGCCCGAUCUGUUUGCAGGCAUUGGUUGCUCCUCAAGAUGUUGUCGUUUACCUCAAUCAUUGUCAGCAUCAAUGCCAUCUUUCCUGUCUGAAGGUGUUAUACCAAAUGAACGGGGAAAUAUUAAAAUGUCCUUUAUGCAGAUAUCAGUAUGAACUUCCAAGUGCGGACUUUUCCGAGCAUGGAAAUAUUUACGUGUAUGUUUUAGAAAAUAUGGUGAAGAUAGAAUUUGAAUAUUUUACAUCUGUCUUGCACAUCAUUGAAAUGGAGCGUAACGACGGGACCAUAGAAGUUGCUGCAAGGUUGUUAAAAGCCUGGAAGCUCGGAAAUAUGCCACAUUCAAUGUCGAUAACACUGUUAAAAUGUGAUCUUGAGUCCAUAAAAUCUAAAUUAGAUGAAAGAAACAUCUUCCCAAGUGAUUUAGUGAACGAAUUUGCUGAUGAUAACAGUAUGUACGGUAACCGAGUUGACGAAAAUAUGUAUAAAACGUUUAAACCUCAUAGAUUUAAGAUAAACCUCAGUCGAAGGAAGGUUCGCCCUACCAACCGUACAAUACAGGGUGUCUGCUAUCGACCUAUAAUAGUUCCAUUGAUGGUAACAAAUAAAUUGGGCAGUAGUGUUAGUGAGAGGUCAGGUUUCGAUCUAGGCUCAGUGAAAAAAAACGAACUAAGAUAUGUAGAAUGCGCCUCUGAAACUACGCUUAGUGCGCAGCACAAAUAA